AUGCCACGGCCAUCUCAUCAUCAUCCUCCCAAGGUAAAGCCAAGCAACCGAACCAACCGCCAUCGCUUGCGUUUUUCUGUUUCACUCACAACAGGUUACUAUCAACCGGCUGGUCCGCUGAUAUCGCCCCACCUGCUCGGUCAGCCACCGACGUCCCAGCACGGGCCCGGUUCGCUGGCCAGCAAGAGUGGCCUCGAUGGCGACGCGCUCCUGCAAAGCCCGCAGCUUCCACCACCGUCCUCGACGGCCGACAGUACGGACAGCGACGUCCUGCUGACAGGUACGCCCGGACACCCGGACGACGCCCUACCGAUGGGUUUCCACCCACUGCGCCCGAAGGCCGUAGCCGCAGCCGCCGCAGCAGCAGCUGAUGAUGCCGAUCGUUAUUUUCGUUCCAUCUUUGCAGGUGGUGGCGCCGAUCUGGCCCAUCGCGCCCAACCCUACGGUGGUCGGUACGGUCCAGCGCCUGGAGGUGGCCCACCCGCCAGUCUCUAUCCGCGGCCGAUGCAGAUGCACUGUCCACCGACCUAUCUGCCGCCCGGUUACUACGCACCCUCACCCUACGGUCCACAGCAUCCGCCACCGCCACCUCACGGGCCACCGCCCGAGAUGUACUACACGCACGCGUAUCCGGCCCAUUUCUAUCCCAAGUUUGCGCCUCCGUACUACCCAACCAGCCGGCGGUACUACUCCGGACCGGGUCCCGGACCGGAGCACCAUCUGUACGAGCAGGCACCACCACCCACCAGUGCCCCGGGUCCACCAGGACCGCCUGGGGCGCCGCCAUCGGCGGCACAACUCGUACCUACCGGACCGCAGGGUCCGCAGCACCUCGAGCACUAUCCGUAUCCGGCGUACCCGGGUUACGGUAGUCCCGGGCCCGGGUCCGGUGGCCAGUGUUACUCGCGCAACCUGCAACACGCGCCACCUCCACCACCUUAUAUGGAUGCGCAUUACACAACCAACUGUCCAUGCCCGAUGCAGUGUCCAAAAAACGUCAAUGCUGGGUCCCUUAUUGGUAUCAAGGCCAGUAAGGGCCCAGUAGCCACAAACAACCAUAUCGUACAAAACGCACCGAGCGCCAGGAUGAGCGCAUCCGAACCGAUCACAAUCUCGUCCAGCUCGUCGUCGUCGGCAUCGUCCUCCGAUCCGGCAUCACCGAUUCCGGUCGAUUCGCCCCACGGUACGCCAACGCAACCGGUGACCGCAGACGUCGAUACACCGCCAAGUCAAGCCGCCAACCCGAAGCUGCAAACGCACCCGGUACAUGGGUCCCCCUACCACGGGCCCCAUCAUCCGCAUCCCGCCCAUGGCCAACCGGGUCAUCAUGCGCAUAUGCACCCGUACCAUCAUUACCAUCAUCCGCCCCGGCAUGCGGAUGUCGUGAUGCCUACGAAACCCGUGGCAACAACGACGUCCACUCCGACCGGGGGUACUACGACGACUGCCGGAGUACAAGCUGGCGUGGCUCCGACGGUGGUGACGACGACAUCCGUGACACCGGUUCACCCCCAUCAGCAUCACAGUGAGAAGCUGUGCUACAAAACGGAGCAACUGAUCAAACCGGAAGCUUCCAACGAGCUGCUCUCGACGCCGAUGCAUUACGGCAGCCCGUACCACAAUCCGUACCAUCACCCGAUGGAGUACUAUCACCACGCGAAGCUGGCCGACCUGAAGGAGGAACCGCACGGUGCGCUAACACCGCCCUACUCGAUCGCCAGCAAGAUCGCGCUGCUCGAAACGCCCGAUCUAGCGCCAAUCAGUCAAUCCCGUGGAACAACCUGUGAGGGCCGGAACCGGUCCAAGGACGACGGUGGGAAGACGCACGGUCUCGAGGCACCACUCGCGGUGUCGGGUGCGCUCGUGAAGCAGGAAAUCGAAGAGUUCAAGCUGCUGGAACCGCUCAUGACGGCGGUGUGCAAGAAGGAAGACUUCGAGGAAACGGGCCCGGCGAUGACACCGGACCUGCUGGAUGACGCGCUCGUGAUCAAGAAGGAUUGCGACGAGGAAAAGCCACCCGGCGAUGGGGCGUAUCUGCACCAUCACCACCACGGGGCGCAUCCACUGGCACCGGUGGAUCACCACCAUCAUCUGCAUCACCAUCACCAUCUGGAGCAGGUGCGGGUUGCAUCGCAUCUUCCGCAUCAUUUGCAUCACCACAGUGCCAGUACAAACCUUCUGCAUCCGCGUUAUGGUCUGCAGCAGCAGCAGCAACAGCAGCCACCACUCAUUACCGGGUUGCUGGUGGAGAAGGACGAUGAGGAGUCUGACGCCAAACUACCUCCGGACAGCAAGAGUUCGCUAGCGGAACUCGUACUCACGACGGAGGCCUCCCAGACGGACCCGGACGCCAAGGUGACGGUGACGACUGUGGCCUCGAUGGCCACCGGGGACGACGGGGAAAUGAAACCGGCGGACGUACCGGCAGCCGGAAGGUGCGAUGCCACCCACCACCAGCAGCUGAGGGAAAACAGUAGUGAUAAUAGUAUUAGUUUUAGUGAUAGCCUAACCCCCGAAGCCGCUGGUGGCGUUGCCGAACCGCCCAUGAGCCGGCGGGUGUCGAAGGACGACGCAAAAGUACAAUCACAGGACGGUGCCGGGGGGCUCGAUCCUCCAUCACCGGCGGUGAUCCCGGCGUCCACCGUCAAGCGGAGACCGUUGCUGGUGGCGUGCAAAAAGUCAACGUCGAAGCAGUCACCCCCGAAUAGCUAUAAGAAUCUGAUCAAACGUACAAACGGUGCCGAAACGGGUGAGGACGGUCCGCUCGUCGAGUGUCCGGAACUGGUGGAGCUAAGCGAAGAGGAGGAGGAGGAGGAGGAAGAGGAGGAAGAAGACGAGGACGAUGAGGAAGACGAGGAUGAGGAAGCGCUGCAGGACGACGAAGGCGAGGACGUGGAAGACAUCGAGCUGGAGGAACAACGGCGAGUGGAGGCCGAAAGGCGAACCAACGCGCAAGGAUCAACCCAGAAAUCGCGUACCGGUGGUACGAAGCAACCCCCCGGAACUCGGAAGCGAACCAGCACGCAGCAAACCGAUGGGCGGCGAAAAAAGGCAACAAAUGGCAGCAGAAAGCAGCUGCCGAUGCCGGUAACGCCGGUCGACAAACGCCACCGAAAGCCGCAAUUGCUGGCGAUGAAGAAAUGGGCCACACCAACGGCCACCGGUACGGCGAGGGCACGUUUCGUGAAGCGUUUCCACCGGGUGUUCCGAUCGAGCAUUCAAUCGCUCAAACGGUUGCCUGCGUCCUUGCGCGAGCGGCUGCUGCGUCGAUCCAACGUUAAGCUUGUUCCGGUGGAGGCGAAUGGUCAGAAGCGUAUCGUAAAAGCCCUACCACCGGCGGUGGAGAAAAUGAGCGAACAGACUGACGUUCCCGAGCUAUCCUCAAUGCAAGCAGCACAACCAACGAGCGAACAUGACGCUAGCAUUACCGAGACGGAAGCAAAACGGCCAGAAACAGUGCCUGGAGAUGGGCAGUUGUUGAGCGAACCAGACGCGGGAAGCCACGGUGUGGCCACGAGUGCUGAAGCAGCAACACCGGCUGUAACGGAUGUAGCGACGCCAGACACGCCAAAGCCCUUCAGCCUGCUGUCGAAUGUCGAUCGUACGAUCGAUCUCGUUGCCAAAGGAUACUUUUCCGAGCCGGAAAUUUUACCCGGCACAACAGAACUGCAGGUCCACUCGCGAGCAUGGUUGAAGAAGCUCAAGCAGCAGCAGGAAGGACGGUCACAUUCGGAGCAAAGUCGCGGAACGAAGCGGCGCGAUCGCAGCGGUGGUGAAGGUGCGGAGAAAAAGGGCAAACCCAAGAGCUCGCCGUUGGUGGUUGAUGUGUCGCCAUCACCAGCCCCCGGGCAGACGGUCAGCAGCAGCCAGAGCAAGAAAGCGAAAGCGAAAGCUAAAUCGACUAAAAGCGGACCUGCGGUGGCACCUGGAAAGGAUGCUGCAUCGACAACAACGCGUCCGGUGGUGGAGAGUGAAGCAAAGGGCAAGAAAAAAGCACCCUCGAAGGAUCGCAAAAAGGAGCAAGCUAGCCGAAAGCGGAAGCAAAAGCAACAAAGUGUCGACGAUGAGGAUCGUGCCUGUAAGCGAAGCUCCACAGUCAAGGAUGCGCCACCGGUGGGGACGAACGUUUCGUUGUAUCAACGUGCCACUUCAACACCGAUUCCGGCGUCCGGAGAACUGUUUUUGGCCAGCCAUGACGAGCGAGAUGCGAAGGAUGACGACGAUCGCAAGAUCGACGGGUUGGAUGAUAGCGCCGUAACGCUUAUGGACCAGUCGUCGGUGUUGGACGAUCGCGAGACGGAUUUUGACGACGCUGCGACGAUGCUGGUCGAGGACGACGUGGCAAGUGUCGACACAAACGUCCUCAUCAAUCGCCAUAACAACAACAACAACAACAGCGCGGUUACGGAUAAGAACAAUCGAGCCGCCGAUGGGCAGGAAGCGAUGGAAGACCAGGAUAUAGUUGUGGUGGCCCCACUGCAAGCGGUCAUAGCCGAGGGCAAAGAGGGUAGCGAACUGGAACCACCGGAAGGCAUCGAACCGUACAUGGACGAUGAGGAGCCAAACGUGGAACAGCGAUCGAUUCCGGCAGGGAAUCUGUUGCCUUCGCAGGGUGAAAAUCUUUUGCAGCAACCGUACGCACCGUUAGUGUUACAGCAGCAGCCAUUCGCAUCCGUGGACGAUCGGCCACCGAACCUGGGUGUCCUGCUGGACUACGAUGAUGAGGAUCCGGACGAGGAGUUGCUGGUGCAUAAGCGCGGAUCGUCGAAUCGAUCCGCUAAGCGACGCCGCUCGCGUUCGAAAACGAAAUCGAAGAAAUUUAGCUCGAAAAAACGGCACCGCCCGUCGGCACACCAACGGCUUGCGGUUCUCGAGCUGGAGCAGAUGAUAGUGCCAAAAAAGGGAGACGUUAAUCCGCGCUGGAGCAACGGCUGGAUCUGGGAGGGACAGCCAUUCCAAGGGAAGGUGUUUUUAAACAGUGACGAUCCGCCGGUGCUGCGCACGUGCUAUCCUGCGAUGCGCCACUCCGAGGGUGACAUCAUCAAACCGCGAGACUGCGUGCUGCUCAAGGCGGGCAGCAAACGGGCGGAGUUGCCGUACGUUGCGAAGGUGGCACACCUGUGGGAGAACGCGGAAGAUGGUGAAAUGAUGAUGUCCUUGCUGUGGUACUACCGACCGGAGCACACUGAGCAAGGCCGCCAACGUACGGACGGUCCGGACGAGGUGUUUGCCUCCCGUCACAAGGACCACAACAGCGUGGCGUGCAUCGAGGACAAGUGUUACGUGCUAACGUUUAGCGAGUACUGCAGAUUCCGACGGCAGCUGAAAGGUUACGAGGAAAACAUCGAGGAGCAACCGUCGAUCGUUCCGUCCUUGAGACGGGAAAAUCCUCGCCUUCCACCACCCAUCGUAUCGCCUGAGCUGGUGAUGUACUGCCAGCGGGUGUACGAGUUCCGCUUGAAGCGGUUGCUUAAGUCCACCUCCUAG